AUGAGCGUCAGCAUGGAGGGCGUGCGCGUGCGCUCCUACAUGCUCCUGACGCGCCUCCUGCCCAUACAACGCGACUCUCUCCAACCCAGGACUAUCUUCAAGAUUGAUCGCCACCGUGAGACUUACUCGUCGCCGCUGAAGGGUAACCUAGCCCGCACUCAAUGCCGGUCCGCAAUCACUCAAGGCCCGCCCUCACUCCCGUCGUCGUCACUCCCGUCGUUCUCUCUCUCCCGUCAAACUCUCUUUCCCGUCGCGCUCUCCCUCCCGUCGCGCUCUCACUCCCGUCACACUCUCACUCCCGUCGCUCUCUCACUCUCGUCGCGCUCUCACUCCCGUCGCUCUCUCUUUCCGGCGCGCCCUCACUCUCGUCGCUCUCUCGCUCCCGUCGCGCUCAUUCUACCGUCGCUCUCUCACUUCUUUGCGCUCUCACUCCCGUCGCUCUCGCUCUCUCUCCCGCCGCCCUCUCACUCCCGUUGCUCUCUCUUUCCGGCGCGCUCUCACUCUCGUCGAUCUCUCGCCCCCGUCGCGCUCAUUCUACCCUCGCUCUCUCACUUCUUUGCGCUCUCACUCCCGUCGCUCUCUCACUCCCGCCGCCCUCUCAUCUCCCGUCCCUCUCUCACUCCCGUCGCGCUCUCACUCCUGUCGCUCUCUUUCCGGCGCGCCCUCACUCUCGUCGCUCUCUCGCUCCCAUCGCGCUCAUUCUACCGUCGCUCUCUCACUUCUUUGCGCUUGCUCUCCCGUCGCUCUCUCUCUCUCCCGCCGCCCACUCACUCCCGUCGCUCUCACACUCCCGUCACUCUCUCACUCCCGUCGCUCUCUCACUCCCGUCGCUCUCUCACUCCCGUCGCUCUCUCACUCCCGUCGCUCUCUCACUCCCGUCGCUCUCUCACUCCCGUCGCUCUCUCACUCCCGUCGCUCUCUCACUCCCGUCGCUCUCUCACUCCCGUCGCUCUCUCACUCCCGUCGCUCUCUCACUCCCGUCGCUCUCUCACUCCCGUCGCUCUCUCACUCCCGUCGCUCUCUCACUCCCGUCGCUCUCUCACUCCCGUCGCUCUCUCACUCCCGUCGCUCUCUCACUCCCGUCGCUCUCUCACUCCCGUCGCUCUCUCACUCCCGUCGCUCUCUCACUCCCGUCGCUCUCUCACUCCCGUCGCUCUCUCACUCCCGUCGCUCUCUCACUCCCGUCGCUCUCUCACUCCCGUCGCUCUCUCACUCCCGUCGCUCUCUCACUCCCGUCGCUCUCUCACUCCCGUCGCUCUCUCACUCCCGUCGCUCUCUCACUCCCGUCGCUCUCUCACUCCCGUCGCUCUCUCACUCCCGUCGCUCUCUCACUCCCGUCGCUCUCUCACUCCCGUCGCUCUCUCACUCCCGUCGCUCUCUCACUCCCGUCGCUCUCUCACUCCCGUCGCUCUCUCACUCCCGUCGCUCUCUCACUCCCGUCGCUCUCUCACUCCCGUCGCUCUCUCACUCCCGUCGCUCUCUCACUUCCCUCGCUCACUCAGUGACUGUCGCUCUCUCACUCCCAUCACCCACGCACGUCGCUCGCACAUGUCGCUCACACGUGACUCACUAACACAUGUCGCUCAUAUCUGCUCCUCUUACCCUCUUCCCCCUUUGCGCUCCCCCCGGUUCCUCCUCUGCCCAUCUUCCCCGUCACUCACACACGACACACACGACAUGCUCACACAUGUUCCCAUCUCCACUCUCAUCCACAAUCACUGA